AUGACCUGUAAAUGGCUCUUUCAAUGGGAUGCCCCAAUGUACGCAACCGGUGAGCUUAACGACCUCAUUGGCAAGUCGGGCCAUGCGCUUUCUAACUACCGCAUUGGCAAGUCGGGCCAUGCACUUUCUCAGCUUUAUAGAAAACUUCUCAAAGCUUUUUGUCUGGGACAGAGGAGGCAGAUUAAGUUGUGGAGGACUUGGCUCCGAAGCAGGUGCAGGAAGAGGAGUAAAUCCAACAACAGAUUCUUCACUUGUUUCAUCUGUCUCAUCAUUAUGAAACAUCAUCUAGUUGAUAGGUGGCAAAAGUUGUUUAAGCUGAUCCGUAGGAUCAAUUCGCACCUUAGACGCCAUGGAAAACCUAGUGAUCAACGACCCAAAAGGCAGGGAAUGAGUUUCGUAGUUGUUUAUACCAAAAUGAACAGCCAAUGA